UCUACCUGAAUGCAAUCAACAUCAUGAGGACCAUUGUGUGCAUUAUUCUCUGUUUAUUCUUUUUAUUAUUUGACACAGCCGAGGUUCCAAAGCGAUGCGCAGCACCGCCCAAGUAUCCAUCCACCAGACUCCACAACAAAUUCAGCACCAGAAGCAAGUUCGACAGUGGGGAGAAAGUUUACUACAAGUGCGCCGAGAACUUGGUCGCAUCCGCGGGGAGCCUGUCAGUGAUGUGCGUCAAUGGAACCUGGACCACGUUGACACUCAAAUGCAACAGGAUGCUGUGUGGCUCUGCUGGGGAGAUUCGCAACGGACGCUUUUCGUAUACCGGCAUAGAAUUUGGAGACAUUGCUACAGCUCAUUGUGAUGAUGGGUUUCAGCUUUUCGGACGGCGAACCAGGAAAUGCAUGAGUUUCGGCUGGGAUGGUCACCCUCCCUCUUGUGAAGCGGUGGAGUGCGACGAGCCUCCAGAGGUGGCCAACGCAGAGCGAAACGGCAACGAGGAAGCAUCGUACAAGUACAAAAGUGUGAUUGUGUAUGAAUGUCGCACGGGGACCCUCCUGGGGAACAAGGUCAUAUGGUGCAUGGAGAACAGCACAUGGAGCACACCGCCUUCAUGCAGAGAAAUCACAUGUCCAUCUCCAAAAGUGCCCAACGCCUCCUGGACGCGAGCUCACACCAGGCUUUAUCAACACCGGGACACGAUCGACAUUGACUGUCGCCAUGGUUACACAGCGGUGGGUGCGAGCACAGUCACCUGUGGUGACGACGGUCAGUGGAGUCCCAGCCUUCCCAAAUGUAGACGCACGUGUAAGACAACAACUCUGGUGGAAUCGAUCACAGGAUUAUUAUCGUAAAUCCUUUUCUUAACACAAUUAACUCGUCUUUUCUCCCCCCUUUUUUUUUUUUUUAUUAGCACGGCGCACUAAAUGGCAGAGCCGAUAUGGUGUCUGAUACGUGAUGCUACAUUAGUCAGUCCAAGACCAGCAUAAUAGAAGCAAACAGAAGAUGGAAAAUUAGCUUUGGACUUCAAGACUUCUCUGCCUUACACACAUUAAACAUGUUUUUAAAAUGAAGCUGACAUACAGGGUGUUUAUUUCAAUAAGUGUUUUUGGGCGAGAAUGAGUACAAACUUGUUGCGUUCACCUCUAUACAUUUUUUUUCCCUUUUUACUGUCGAUAACGCCAUGUGUAUCAUCAUCUAUGGGCUAAGCUGCUAGUGAGCAUUCAUGAACAAACAAGUUACAAGGAAAUAAGAACACCAAUUCCAUUCAUUUAAAAAGACAAUACAAAAUCCAGACAUUUACAUGAGCAAUAACAAUUCAAGUGCAAAUAUCAACUCUAUGAUACAUCAUAGCAAACUCUCUUUUGAAAGGCAACAAUCUCAA